AGCAUACCGUGUAACCUGGAAACCCUACUCAACUGGCUGUGAGAAAGUGUGUGUGUGCGUGUUUUUUUUUCUCCCAACAUUUCAUUUUGUGCCACAAAAAUUAAACGCAACGCAAAAAGGUGGUGGUCCAACAACAAAACUAAUAAGGCAUUCAAAAAGCAAUCAAAGUAAUGUCGCUGUCGAGUCUGCUGCCCACGCCGACCAAUGCGGUUUGGGACCGCGAGGACGAGCGUCGCCUGGCCGCCAAGGGUGCCCCGAAAAUUGGGGCCCUGGUCUCCGCCAAAAUCGCAGCUCCACCUUACGGCUGUCGCAAGGAUUGGGUGCCCCGCACAGAGGCUGACUUUGGCGAUGGCGGUGCAUUCCCCGAAAUUCAUGUGGCACAAUACCCACUGGGUCUUGGUGCCCCGGGUACUACGGGCAAGAAGUCCGAUGCUUUGGCUGUACGGCUGGAUGAUUCGGGCAAAAUCAAAUACGAUGCUAUAGCACGACAGGGACAUGGCAAGGACAAAGUUGUCUACUCUUCCAUCUCGCAGCUUCUGCCCGCCGAGGUGCUGGCCGAGGAUGCCGAAGAGCUGCAGCGUCCCGAUGAGGAGAGCGUCGCCGAGACCACGGAGGAGACGCGCCUGGCCCUGGAGAAGUUGACCAACCAAAAGAUAACCUCAGCACUGCCCGUCCGUCAUGCCCAGAAGUCGGGACCAGCCCAAUAUAUUCGCUACACACCGUCCCAGCAGGGCGAUGCCUUCAAUUCGGGGGCCAAGCAGCGUGUCAUCAGAAUGGUGGAGGCCCAGCUGGAUCCCAUGGAGCCGCCCAAGUUUCGCAUCAAUAAGAAGAUCCCGCGUGGUCCACCGUCGCCACCGGCACCAGUCCUGCACUCACCGUCGCGCAAAGUGACGGUCAAGGAGCAAAAGGAGUGGAAGAUCCCGCCCUGCAUAUCCAACUGGAAGAACGCCAAAGGCUACACCAUUCCGCUGGACAAGCGUCUGGCUGCCGAUGGAAGGGGCCUGCAGCAGGUGCACAUCAACGAGAAGUUCGCCAAGAUGGCCGAGGCCCUGUACAUAGCCGAUCGCAAGGCCCGCGAGGCGGUGGAGGCACGCGCCCAGCUGGAGAAGAAGCUGGCCCAGAAGGAGAAGGAGAAGAAGGAGGACAUGCUGCGAAUGAUGGCACAGCGGGCGCGUGAAGAGCGUGCCGGCCUGCGUAAUCCGGAAAUAGCUAGCGAUCCCAUUGGAGGCGGUGCCAAUGGGGCCGAGGCUCGCGAACGCAACGAUCUGCGUGCGGAGCGGCAAAGGGAGCGACAGCGUGAUAGAAAUCUGCAGCGUGCUGCGCCCGAAAAGCGUUCCAAGCUGCAAAAGGAGCGAGAGCGCGACAUUUCCGAACAGAUAGCCCUCGGCCUGCCCGCCAAGAGUGCCGGCAAUGGCGAAACGCUCUUCGAUCAGCGUCUCUUCAACACCACCAAGGGCAUGGACUCGGGCUACGGUGACGAUGAGGCCUACAAUGUGUACGACAAGCCAUGGCGCGACGCCAACACCCUGGGCAACCACAUCUACAGGCCCAGCAAGCAGGCGGACAGCGACAAUUAUGGCGGUGACUUGGAUGCCAUUGUGAAUACCAAACGAUUUGUACCGGACAAACAAUUCUCGGGGGCAUCGCGGGAAACGGCCGCUGCCCAGCGCAGCGGACCCGUGGAAUUCGAGAAGGAGGAGGAUCCCUUCGGUCUCGAUCAGUUCUUAAACAUGGCCAAGAAGGCGCCCAAACGGGCCGAGGAGAAGAGCGAGCGCAACAGCCAAUCGGAGCGCAAACGGAGUCGUCGCGACUAGAACGCCGCCUACGAUACAUAGCUGCAGCUGCAGCUGCAUUAUUAAUAAUCAUCAUCCAAUCAUCCAUCAUUGAUCAGCAUCAGCAACAGCAACAGCAUCAUCCUCAUAAUUGAUAAUAGACAUACAAACUCCUUGUGCAAAUUGAAUAAUAAUCACACUCGAUACUGA